UGGGCUCUUGACUACAACUGUCAUCUGACGUCAGUAUUUAUGGAAGCACUCUCAGACUUACUCACAAACGCACUGAACGCUCAGAGAUACACAAGCCUAAAGCAGCAAACCAUAGUCAUGAAGUUGUUCCUGGUGCUAGCCAUUGCAGUUCUGUCUGGCUGCAAUGCCAACCUCUUUUAUGCUGAUGCACCCAAACCACAGCUGGAAGUGAUGACUGAUGCAUUCUGGGACUACAUUGCCACAGCCACCCAGACAGCUGAUGACACCCUCCAGAUGGUCAGGAAAUCGCAGUUUGGACAGGAAGUCAAUGCCCGCCUUGCAGAGAGCGCUGAAAUCGCCAGCAAGUAUGCCGUCACCCUCCAGGAGAGAAUCCCCCCCGCAGCACAAGACCUGGUCACCAAGAUCACCAAGGAGGCUGACGUACUGAGAAAUGUGCUGACCCAGGAGCUGGGUACUGUCAGGGACAAGCUGGAGCCCUACACAGAAGACAUGAAGGCCAAGAUCCAGGAGCGAGUGGAGCAGCUCAAACAGGAGCUGGCCCCUUAUGCAGAGUCCCUUGACUCAGAGGCCCUGAGGACCACCCUGGUACAGAAGACAGAGGAGCUGAAGGCCAGCCUGGAGCAGAGUGUGCAGGAGCUGCAGACUCAGCUGGGGCCUUAUACUGAUGACCUGAAGCAGAAGGUGGACCAGCACCUGCAGGACUUCCAGGAUAGAGUGGCCCCCAUGACAGACAUGGUGCAGCUUGAGCUGGUUCAGAGAGCAAACCUGGUUAAACAGAUGGUGGCCCCCUACGCUGAAGACCUGAAGGAAAAGCUGAACCCCUACGCCCAGGACCUGCAGGCCCAGCUCAUGUCCUUUUACCAGUCUUUUGUCGAGGCCAACUAAGUCAUCCUCCAUCCUCACGCUCCGUCAUUGACCGAGAUGCUGGCCUUGUUUGGUCUGCCUCUGUUUGAAGCAUGACAGAUAAUUUAAAUAUGUGAAAUACUACUGUACUGUAAAGCAGAUUUAACUGGGUAUAUACCCACAGCAAAAUAUUUAUUGAAAGGUGCAAACCUUUGCACUUGACAUGUAUAUACUUUCUUUUUAAUAUUUGUGGUGAAGUUGUAAAGUGUAACUUUUUGCCAUUUCUAAAUAAAUGGGUGAAUCUGAAAAAAA